CUGCACGCGAGCGCGGAAAGAGGAUAGUGCACGCGGGUAAAACAAAUCCUCACAAAACCGUCGAAAGCUGUUAUUUUUAGUGACGUGGACCGAAUGAGGGAAUAUUAUGUGGAUUAUUACGCUUUGGAAUAUUUUUGUACGAAAACUGAGCUAGUGCGCGCCAGACAGUGCAGUGAACCACAAGGACUACAUUACCCACAAGGCACCAUGAAGACUGUGCUGGUUUCCCAAAAUAGUGAAAGAGUCCAAAUUGGAGGACUUGUCAUGAUGAUUUAGAGAGUGUGUUAAGUCUGGGUGCAAGAAAACAACAACUCAGCAGACACACACCACCUCACCUGAACUUGUCUUCUCAAGUUUGUCCAUUUCAGCAAACAAAAAAAAUAACCUUGAUUCGCCAGACAGAGAUUGGAUUGUUGUGCAAUGUGAUUGGCCUUAUGACUGUUAUUUAAGACUGUUCUCCCUCUCGAUUCCUCUCCUCUUUAUGGAUAUCUUUUGUCACUGAGUUGACAAUCUCACCUCUUCUCUAAUAUCUCUGGGCAUACUGUGGGAUGUAUUUUGGAUAUACUGACCUUUGAACCAAAGCGAAUUCAAUGAAUUCCUUCUGUUCAGGAUAAUAACACCAAUCUCCAGCACUUUUACAAUGCAUUUCUUCAGAUUCCCAGUCCAGUUGCAGCUGAUGAUUUGUACUGUGCUUGGACCCUGCUUGGGCCUGGAGUUUACAGGGUCUCAAGGCCAGUGGGCACGCUAUCUCCGCUGGGACGCCAGCACCAGAAGUGACCUCAGCUUCCAGUUCAAAACAGACGUGUCCACUGCCUUAAUCCUGUACUUUGACGAUGGUGGCUACUGUGACUUUCUGCAACUCAUGGUGGUUGAAGGGAAGCUCCAGUUGCAGUUCAGCAUCGAUUGCGCUGAGACCACCAUCGCAUCAGACAAGCGAGUCAAUGAUAGCAGCUGGCAUUUUGCCACCCUUAGCAGGUUCAACCUGAGAACUGGGCUGGGUCUGGACGGAGUGAACAAAUCGAGUGAGGUGCGGCCACAGAGGCAGUACAUGAAGAUCGUUAGUGACCUCUUCCUGGGCGGAGUCCCGCAAGAUAUUCGUAUUUCUGUGCUCACUCUCCCAACAGUGAAGGAUCUUCCGCCAUUUAAGGGAAUUAUCAGGGAACUGAAAUAUAAUAACAAGGAACCUCUUCUACUAAGCAGCCAGAGGGUCCGUAUGGAUAUGGAGGGAAUCUGCAUGGAGAAUCCAUGUGAAAAUGGAGGAACAUGCUCCAUUGUUGAUGGGGAACCACUGUGUGAUUGUUCAAAGACGGAAUAUGUUGGCCAAUUCUGCAGUGAAGAGGCCAACAGCAUCCCAGGUUUAGCACACAUGAUGAUGUCAGAUCAAGCCAAGGGGAAAGCACGAGAAGAGAAUGUGGCCACGUUCCGAGGUUCUGAAUACUUCUGCUACGACUUGUCUCAGAAUCCCAUUCAAAGCAGCAGCGAUGAGAUCACACUGUCUUUCAAGACUUGGCAAAGAAAUGGCCUUAUCCUCCACACAGGCAAAUCUGCUGACUACGUCAACCUGGCCCUGAAAGAUGGGGCUGUUUCACUGGUCAUCAACUUAGGCUCCGGAGCCUUUGAAGCCAUUGUCGAACCCGUCAAUGGCAAAUUCAAUGACAAUGCCUGGCACGAUGUGAAAGUCACACGCAACCUUAGACAGGUGACUAUAUCAGUGGAUGGGAUCCUCACCACCACUGGCUACACUCAGGAGGACUACACCAUGCUUGGCUCGGACGAUUUUUUCUAUGUUGGAGGAAGUCCAAGUACAGCGGAUUUACCUGGGUCACCUGUCAGCAACAACUUCAUGGGUUGCCUGAAAGAGGUUGUUUACAAAAACAAUGACAUCAGGCUGGAGCUCUCCCGUCUUGCCCGUAUUGUGGACCCCAAAAUGAAGAUCCAGGGAGAUGUGGUGUUCAAGUGCGAGAAUGUGGCUACACUGGAUCCCAUCUCAUUUGAGACACCAGAGGCUUACAUCAGCCUUCCCAAGUGGAACACCAAGCGCAUGGGCUCCAUCUCCUUUGACUUCCGUACUACUGAACCAAACGGCCUUAUUCUCUUCACCCAUGGGAAGCCACAGGAACGAAAGGAUGCCCGCAGCCAGAAGAACACUAAAGUGGACUUCUUUGCAGUGGAGCUUCUAGAUGGGAGUUUGUACCUGCUGCUGGACAUGGGCUCUGGGACUAUCAAAGUAAAAGCCACACAGAACAAAGUAAACGAUGGGGCCUGGUACCAUGUGGACAUCCAACGAGAUGGAAGAUCAGGCACCAUAUCUGUCAACAGCCGUCGCACUCCGUUCACUGCCAGUGGCGAAAACGAGAUCUUGGACCUGGAGGGGGACAUGUACCUGGGCGGUCUCCCCGACAACCGGGGUGGCCUGAUCCUCCCUACUGAGCUGUGGACUGCCAUGCUGAACUAUGGCUACGUAGGCUGUGUUCGGGACUUGUUCAUCGACGGCCGGAGUAAGGACAUUAGGCAGAUUGCCGAAGCCCAGAACGGGGCAGGAAUCAAGCCUUCCUGCAAUAAGAUGUCAGGGAAACAGUGUGACAGCUAUCCGUGCAAAAACAAAGGCAUUUGCAAAGAAGGAUGGAACCGUUUUAUCUGCGACUGUACGGGCACCGGUUACUGGUCACGCACCUGUGAAAGGGAGGCAUCCACCCUGAGCUACGACGGGAGCAUGUACAUGAAAGUGGUGAUGCCCACUGUGAUGCACACUGAAGCAGAGGAUGUGUCCCUUCGCUUUAUGUCUCAGCGGGCAUACGGCCUGCUCAUGGCCACCACCUCUCGCGACUCUGCCGAUACUCUUCGGCUGGAGCUGGAAGGAAGUCGCGUCAAACUCACAGUCAACUUAGACUGUAUCAGGAUAAACUGUAACUCCAGCAAAGGACCAGAAACACUGUAUGCCGGCCAAAAGCUCAAUGAUAAUGAAUGGCAUACUGUGCGUGUGAUCCGGAGGGGCAAAAGCUACAAGCUAAUGGUUGACGAUGACGUAGCAGAAGGUCAGAUGGUGGGCGACCAUACCCGGUUAGAGUUCCACAACAUUGAGACGGGUGUGAUGACAGAGCGCCGUUUCAUCUCCAUGAUUCCCUCCAGCUUCAUUGGUCACCUUCAGAGCCUCAAAUUCAAUGGCAUGCUCUACAUCGACCAGUGCAAAAAUGGUGACAUUGAUUACUGCGAGCUCAAUGCACGUUUCGGCAUGCGCUCCAUCAUCGCAGACCCCGUGACGUUCAAAUCCAAGAGCAGUUACCUGAGUCUAGCCACCUUGCAGGCUUACACAUCCAUGCACCUUUUCUUCCAGUUCAAAACUACCUCUCAAGAUGGAUUCAUCCUCUUCAACAGUGGGGAUGGAAGCGAUUUCAUCGCUGUAGAGCUGGUGAAAGGGUACAUACAUUAUGUGUUUGAUCUUGGCAAUGGCCCCAAUGUAAUCAAAGGCAACAGUGAAAGAGCUCUCCAUGACAACCAGUGGCAUAACGUUGUCAUCACUAGAGACAACAGUAACGUUCACACCCUGAAAGUAGAUGCCAAGGCAGUGAGCCAAGUUGUCAACGGUGCAAAAAAUCUGGACUUAAAAGGCGACCUCUAUAUUGCUGGAUUGGGAACCAACAUGUACAACAACCUGCCAAAACUGGUAGCCUCCAGGGAUGGCUUCAAGGGUUGUUUGGCAUCUGUGGACCUGAACGGUCGCCUUCCUGACCUCAUAAACGAUGCUCUGUUCCGCAGCGGACAGAUCGAGCGAGGAUGUGAAGCAUCCAAAAGUGAACUUGGUUUCACGAAAGCAGAUCUACAAGGUCCUAGCACUACAUGCCAAGAAGACUCCUGUGCCAACAUGGGGAUCUGCAUCCAGCAAUGGGAGAACUACACCUGUGACUGCUCAAUGACCUCCUAUACGGGAACGCAGUGUAAUGACCCUGGAACAACAUAUAUUUUUGGGAAAGGAGGAGGCCUCAUAACCUUUAACUGGCCAGCCAAUGAGCGCCCUAGCACCCGUACGGACAGGCUGACCGUGGGCUUCAGCACCUCGCUCAAAGAUGGCAUCCUGAUCCGCAUCGACAGCGCCCCCGGUCUUGGAGACUACAUCAUGCUCCACAUAGAGCAAGGCAAAAUCGGAGUCACAUUCAACAUCGGAACAGCUGACAUUGUUGUGCAGGAGAGCAGCACCACAGUAAAUGACGGCAAGUACCAUGUAGUACGCUUCACCAGAAACGGUGGCAAUGCUACACUUCAAGUGGACAACUGGGUCACCAACGAGUACUUCCCCUUAGGGAACAGCGAUAAUGAGAGAAUUCAAAUGGCCAAUAAGAAAAUUCCUUUCAAAUAUGCCCGGCCUGUAGAGGAGUGGCUUCAGGAGAAAGGGCGGCAGCUAACGAUAUUCAACACCCAGGCCACAAUAACAAUUGGUGGUUCAGAUGGCAAGAGGCCGUUUCAGGGCCAGCUCUCCGGACUCUACUAUAAUGGCCUGAAAGUACUCAACUUGGCUGCUCAUGGCAACCCUAACAUCAGAAUUAAUGGGAGCGUUCGGCUGGUUGGUGAGGUCCCCUCUGCAGGUUCAGCCAGAACAACAGCCCUCCCCCCAGAGAUGUCCACCACCUUUAUCGAGACCACCACCACAAUGUCCACCACAACAAUGAGAAAACACCGCACACCACCCACAAUAAAGACCACGGACGACAUGGUCUCAUCGGCAGAAUGCUCCAGUGAUGACGAGGACUUUGCUGAGUGCGAAGGACACGCAGGUGGGCUAGGAGGUGAAUUAGUUAUCCCAGUACUAGUCAAGGACCCCUUAGAGCUCCCCUCUGUAGCCAGUCGCACACCCUCCAUCCCCUUUCCCCCAACCCUCCGCCCCCACCUCACCAUUAUUGAGACCACCAAAGAGUCCCUGUCCAUGGCCACUGAGGCGGGGGUACCUUGCUUGUCGGACCAAGGCAGCGAUGAUUGUGAUGAUGGUGAUGAUGAUGGCUUGGUGAUUUCUGGGUUUGGCUCUGGGGAAGCGUACAACUCUAACCUGCCCCCUACCGAUGAUGAAGAUUUUUACACCACCUUCUCCUUGGUAACAGAUAAGACCUUGUCUUCGUCGUCCUUUGAAGGUGGCUACAAAGCUCACUCGCCUAAGUGGGGAUCCAAGGACAUUAGACCUAACAAAGGCUCCAAUUCUGGUAGGACUACUACCACCGCUUUCCCCCCCAAGCUGAGCCGCUCCACAACCACGUCCACGCCACCCAAACUGCCUGCAGGCAAAAUGAAUCACAGAGAGCUAAAGCCCCAGCCCGACAUAGUCUUGCUACCAUUGCCCACUUCCUAUGAGGUAGACAACACAAAGCUGAAGAGCCCAUUAAUAACCUCCCCCAUGUUCCGUAAUGUACCCACAGCAAUCCCCACGGAGCCGGGCAUCAGGCGGGUUCCGGGGGCCUCCGAGGUGGUCCGUGAAUCUAGCAGCACCACUGGAAUGGUCGUUGGGAUAGUGUCUGCUGCAGCUUUAUGCAUCCUAAUUCUGCUGUACGCUAUGUAUAAGUACAGAAACAGGGACGAGGGAUCCUACCAAGUGGACGAGACCCGGAAUUACAUAACCAACUCAGCACAGAGCAAUGGAGCAGUCAUGAAGGACAAACAGCAGAGCUCAAAAAGCGGCAACAAGAAACAGAAAAACAAGGAUAAGGAGUACUACGUGUGAGAAUCCGAGAGAGGCGUAACAGAACAUUGAUCUGUUUGAGAGCUGCACCGACAGAAGCCGAACCUUGGCACUGUGCUGAGAUCGCAAACUCUGACACUUGAACUGUACCAUAAAGCACACUUAAGCAUAACGAGAAGGUAAAUAGCAAAAUUAGUGACCUUAUUCCUCUAUCUGGUCUGAGACAUUAUCAGUGUAGAAUAUUCCACUGCUACAUAAUCCUAAGUGACUUUUAGCGGUAUGUGAUCCUUGCCGUAAAACUUGUUUCUUUUUUUUUUUCUUUUUUUCCUUGUAAUUCUGUAAAAACAAAAGAAGAGGAGAAAGUUAUAUCAGCGAUUUCAAGCAUGUAAGAGAAAGUGAGACAGAAAAAGGA